ACUCGUCGUUGCUGUUAUUAUUAUUAUCAUCAUCAUCAUUUCACCCUUUUUCAAAAAACUGAAAGCCCUCUUUUCCAAAGCCCUCGCCGGUGGGGCGGAUCCCGGACGCGUCUCCAACCUCUCUCAGCAACCGCGCAGCGACCACCCCGAAUAAAAGGGGUCUUUCAGAAGCCAGCAAAGAUGAAUAUGGUGAAAAGGAUAAUGGGUCGACCCCGGCAGGAGGAAUGUAGCCCUCAGGAUAAUGCUCUCGGGUUGAUGCAUCUGCGUCGACUCUUCACGGAAUUGUGUCAUCCACCUCGGCACAUGACCCAGAAAGAACAGGAAGAGAAGCUUUACAUGAUGCUCCCAGUUUUUAAUAGGGUAUUUGGAAAUGCACCCCCUAGUACAAUGAUAGAAAAAUUCUCAGAUCUCCUUCAGUUUACAACACAAGUGUCACGAUUGAUGGUGACUGAAAUUCGGCGGAGAGCCUCUAACAAGUCUACAGAGGCUGCAAGUCGUGCCAUAGUCCAGUUUCUGGAGAUCAAUCAAAGUGAAGAAGCCAGUAGAGGUUGGAUGUUGCUUACUACAAUUAACUUGUUAGCUUCAUCUGGACAGAAAACAGUGGACUGCAUGACAACUAUGUCAGUGCCUUCCACGCUUGUGAAAUGUCUCUAUCUGUUUUUUGACCUUCCACAUGUGCCUGAGGUGGCUGGAGGAGCCCAGAAUGAGCUACCUCUAGCAGAACGUAGAACGCUAUUGCAGAAAGUAUUUGUGCAGAUCUUGGUGAAACUCUGCAGUUUUGUGUCCCCGGCGGAAGAACUUGCUCAAAAGGAUGAUCUUCAGCUUCUAUUCAGUGCAAUAACCUCAUGGUGCCCUCCCUAUAACCUGCCUUGGAGGAAAAGUGCAGGCGAAGUCCUAAUGACCAUAUCACGUCAUGGCCUUAGUGUCAAUGUAGUGAAAUACAUUCACGAAAAAGAAUGCCUGUCAACAUGUGUUCAAAACAUGCAACAAUCAGAUGACCUUUCUCCCUUAGAAAUAGUUGAGAUGUUUGCUGGCCUUUCUUGCUUCCUCAAAGAUUCCAGUGAUGUCUCCCAAACACUCUUAGAUGAUUUUAGGAUAUGGCAAGGAUAUAGCUUCCUCUUUGAUCUCUUACUCAGGUUAGAACAAGCAAAAGAAGCAGAAUCUAAGGAUGCUCUGAAGGACUUGGUGAAUUUGAUAACCUCAUUAACAACAUAUGGUGUCAAUGAAUUAAAGCCAACUGGUGUUACUACGGGGGCACCUUUUCUGUUGCCUGGAUUUGCCGUCCCACAACCUGCAGGCAAAGGUCACAAUGUGAGGAAUAUCCAAGCCUUCUCUGUCCUACAGAACGCUUUCCUGAAGGCAAAAACCAGCUACCUUGCACAAAUUAUCCUUGAUGCCAUCUUAAAUAUCUACAUUGCCGACAAUGCCAACUAUUUCAUCUUGGAAUCCCAGCACACUUUGUCCCAGUUUGCAGAGAAAAUUUCCAAGCUUCCAGAAGUACAGGCCAAAUACUUUGAGAUGCUUGAGUUCGUUGUGUUUAGCUUGAAUUACAUACCUUGCAAAGAACUGAUUAGCGUCAGCAUCCUCCUAAAAUCCAGCACCUCUUACCCAUGUAGCAUCGUUGCAAUGAAGACACUACUUAAGUUCACACGGCAUGACUACAUCUUUAAGGACGUCUUCAGGGAGGUGGGACUCCUGGAGGUGAUGGUGAACCUUUUACAUAAGUAUGCAGCUCUUCUGAAAGAGCCUACACAGACUCUGAAUGAUCAAGGGGACUCAAGAAACAACAGUUCAUUUGAAGACCAAAAGCAGCUUGCUUUGCUGGUUAUGGAGACCUUGACAGUACUGCUUCAAGGAUCGAACACAAAUGCAGGCAUUUUCAGGGAGUUUGGUGGAGCGAGGUGUGUACAUAACAUAGUAAAAUAUCCACAAUGCAGGCAACAUGCACUGAUGAUAAUCCAGCAGUUGGUGUUAUCACCAAGUGGCGACGAUGACAUGGGGACUCUCUUGGGAUUAAUGCACUCUGCUCCACCUACAGAAUUACAGUUGAAGACUGACAUAUUAAGGGCCCUGCUGUCCGUGCUGAAAGAGAGUCAUCGCACAAGAACGGUUUUCAGAAAAGUUGGUGGAUUUGUGUAUGUCACAUCUUUACUUGUUGCCAUGGAAAGAUCCUUGUGCUCGUCACCUAAGAAUGGCUGGGAGAAAGUGAACCAGAACCAAGUGUUUGAGCUGCUCCACACUGUGCUCUGUACCUUGACUGCAGCAAUGCGCUAUGAGCCAGCCAAUUCACACUUCUUCAGAACAGAGAUCCAGUACGAAAAGUUGGCCGAUGCUGUGAGGUUACUUGGCUGCUUCUCAGACUCCAGGAAAAUAAGCCCUUUUAACAUCUUCCCCUCAAACACUCAGCCAUUUCAAAGACUGUUGGAAGAUGACCUCAUAUCCAUGGAUUCGGUGUCACCCACGUUAAGGCAUUGCAGCAAACUCUUUAUUUACCUCUACAAAGUAGCUACAGACUCUUUCGACAGUCGUGCUGAACAGAUCCCUCCUUGCCUGACAAAUGAGACUUCUCUCCCCUCUCCUUGGGGCACACCAGCUUUGUCGAGGAAAAGGCACGCAUAUCACUCUACUUCAACACCUCCAGUAUUUCCUCCCAAAAACCCUACUGAUUUGAAACUGCACAAGGGAACUGUGUCUCUGCAGAGUUCAGAUGCUGUCAUCAUCCAUCCUGGAGCUAUGCUUUCCAUGUUGGACCUCUUAGUCUCUGUUGGGUCAAAUACACAGCCGGAACAUGCCCUAGAUCUUCAGCUGGCAGUGGCCAACAUCUUGCAGUCUCUAGUGCACACUGAAAGAAAUCAGCAAGUCAUGUGUGAAGCUGGACUCCAUGCACGACUUCUGCAGAGAUGCAGUGCAGCUCUUGCCGAUGAGGACCACUCUUUGCACCCCCCGCUCCAGAGGAUGUUUGAAAGGUUGGCCUCUCAGGCAUUGGAACCAAUGGUGCUUAGGGAAUUUUUACGUUUGGGAAAUCCUCUGAAUUGUGGAGCCUGGGAUAAAAAGCUGUUGAAACGAUACAGAGUGCAUAAACCAAGCUCACUCAGUUAUGAGCCAGAAUUGAGAAAUAGCAUGAUUACAUCAAUGGAAGGCCUGGGUACCGACGUGGUGUUCAGUUUACAUGAAGGAUAACCACUACAGAUAAGCAAGAGCCUUCUAAAACCAGCAGAAGGAAGCACAGUACCCCUGACGAGGGUGAAGUUUGGUUCCAUGACAACCCCACAUGAUAUUAGACUUCAUGGCUCAGCAGUUACUCCUGCAUUUAUUGAAUUUGACACGUCUCUUGAAGGGUUUGGCUGUCUGUUCUUACCAAGUUUGGCCCCUCAUAAUGCACCUACCAACAAUGUGGUCACAACAGGGCUUAUUGAUGGCACUGUGGUCAGUGGAAUUGGAACUGGAGAGAGACUUUUCCCACCCCCAUCUGGACUGAGCUAUUCAAGUUUUUGCAUAGAACAUUUUAGUACAGCUCCAAAUCAUCACCCAGUCAGGUUACUUACAGUUGUAAGACGCAACAGCUCCGAGCAGCACUAUAUAUGCCUUGCCAUUGUCCUUUCUGCAAAAGACCGGUCACUGAUUGUUUCAACUAAAGAAGAACUGCUUCAGAACUAUGUUGAUGACUUCAGUGAAGAAUCUUCCUGCUAUGAAAUCCUCCCUUGUUGCACUCGUUUUCGUUGCGGCGACCAUAUAGUGGAAGGCCAGUGGCAUCAUAUGGUUCUGGUUAUGAGCAAAGGCAUGCUGAAAAACAGCACCGCUGCACUCUACAUUGAUGGGCAGCUGAUAAAUACUGUGAAGCUUCAUUAUAUUCACAGUAGUCCUGGUGGAUCAAGUUGUGCUAAUCCACCAGUAGUCAGCACAGUUUACACCUAUAUAGGCUCGCCACCAGCUCAACGCCAGCUCUCAUCCCUUGUUUGGCGUCUGGGGCCAACCCAUUUCUUAGAAGAGGUCUUGCCUCCGUCAAGUGUUAGCACGAUUGAACUAGGACCAAACUAUGUUGGAAGCUUUCGCGUAUAUAUGCCAUGCAAGGAUUCAAAACCAGAAGGAGUCAGCCCGUCUCCAGUAUCGUUGGUCCCAGAAGAGAAAGUUUCUUUUGGCCUCUAUGCACUCUCUGUUUCGUCACUGACAGUGGCAAGGAUUAGAAAAGUUUAUAACAAACUGGACAGUAAGGCCAUAGCCAAGCAGUUGGCUGUUUCAUCUCAUGAGAAUGCCACUCCAGUGAAGCUGCUUCACAAUUCAGGAGGACAUCUGAAUGGACCCGCACGUACCAUUGGUGCAGCUCUGAUAGGAUAUCUGGGAGUAAGAACAUUUGUCCCAAAGCCUGUUGCAACUACGUUACAGUACAUUGGUGGAGCAGCUGCUAUUCUGGGUCUGGUAGCCAUGGCUUCGGAUGUCGAGGGGCUGUAUGCUGCUGUGAAGGCCCUUGUGUGUGUGGUAAAGAGCAACCCUCUGGCUAGCAAAGAAAUGGAAAGAAUCAAAGGUUAUCAGUUAUUGGCAAUGCUGUUAAGAAGAAACCUCUCUCUCCUGAAUAGCCACAUUCUUCAUUUGACCUUUUCCUUGGUGGGGACUGUUGACAGCGGUCACGAAACAUCCAUUAUUCCAAAUUCAGCUGCCUUCCAGGACCUGCUUUGCGACUUCGAGGUCUGGCUGCAUGCACCCUAUGAACUUCACCUUUCCUUAUUCGAACAUUUCAUUGAGCUUCUUACUGAAUCCAGUGAAGCAGCAAAGAAUGCAAAACUGAUGAGGGAGUUCCAGCUUAUCCCAAAACUUCUGCUGACACUUCGAGAUAUGUCUUUGUCUCAGCCAACUAUUGCUGCUAUCAGCAACGUACUGAGCUAUUUGCUUCAAGGAUUCCCUAGCAGCAAUGACUUGCUCAGGUUUGGGCAGUUCAUCUCUUCUACUUUGCCUACAUUUGCAGUCUGUGAGAAAUUUGUAGUCAUGGAGAUGAACAAUGAAGAAAAGCUUGACAUUGGAACAGAAGAAGACUUUGGAGGUCUUGUUUCUGCAAAUCUUAUCCUUCUGAGGAACCGAUUGCUGGACAUACUACUUAAGCUUGUAUAUACAUCUAAAGAAAAAUCCAGUGUCAACUUGCAGGCUUGUGAAGAACUGGUCCGAACACUGGGGUUUGACUGGAUUAUGCUGUUUAUGGAAGAGCACUUGCACCCUACCACAGUGACAGCAGCCAUGAGGAUUCUGGUGGUCCUGUUGAGCAACCCAUCCAUUCUCAUCAAGUUCAAGGAAGGCCUCACUGGCGGGGGCUGGCUUGAGCAAACAGAUUCUGUGUUGACUAAUAAGAUUGGAACGGUGCUUGGUUUCAACGUUGGCAGGAGUGCUGGCGGCAGAUCGACUGUCAGGGAAAUUAACCGGGAGGCUUGUCAUUUCCCAGGCUUUCCGGUUCUUCAGUCAUUUCUUCCUAAGCACACGAAUGUGCCUGCGCUCUAUUUCCUCCUAAUGGCACUUUUCCUGCAGCAGCCAGUCACUGAACUGCCUGAAAACCUGCAGGUCAGUGCACCUGUCAUCACCAGCCGAUGUAAUCAGGGAGGCCAGUUUGACUUGGAUUCAAUUUGGACAUUUAUAUUUGGUGUUCCUGCAUCAAGUGGCACUGUGGUUGCUUCAGUUCACAAUCUCUGCACAGAAGCUGCAUUUUUGCUUCUGGGGAUGCUUAGGAGCAUGUUGAAUUCACCUUGGCAGUCUGAAGAAGAGGGUUCUUGGCUUCGGGAAUAUCCAGUCACCUUGAUGCAGUUCUUCCGCUACUUGUAUCACAAUGUUCCUGAUCUGGCUUCAAUGUGGAUGAGCCCCGAGUUUCUUUGUGCACUGGCAGCCACUGUAUUCCCUUUCAACAUCCGGCCAUACUCAGAAAUGGUUACUGAUUUGGACGAUGAAGUUGGAUCUCCAGCAGAGGAGUUCAAAGCAUUUGCCUCUGACACAGGAAUGAACCGAAGCCAGUCAGAAUACUGCAAUGUUGGAUCCAAGACCUAUUUGACCAACCACCCUGCUAAGAAGUUUGUGUUUGACUUCAUGCGUGUGCUGAUAAUUGAUAACCUCUGCCUUACACCUGCUAGCAAGCAAACUCCUUUAAUAGACCUUCUCUUGGAGGCCUCUCCCGAGAGAUCGACGAGAGCACAGCAAAAAGAAUUUCAGACCUAUAUUUUGGACAGUGUGAUGGACCAUUUGCUUGCUGCUGAUGUUUUAUUGGGGGAGGACGCAUCUCUGCCUAUUACAAGUGGAGGAAGCUAUCAGGUGCUUGUAAACAAUGUGUUCUAUUUCACCCAGCGUGUGGUGGAUAAACUUUGGCAAGGCAUGUUCAACAAGGAAUCGAAGCUGCUUAUAGAGUUCAUAAUCCAGUUAAUUGCACAGUCAAAAAGAAGAUCACAGGGAUUAUCACUGGAUGCCGUUUAUCACUGCCUGAACAGGACCAUCUUAUACCAAUUCUCGAGGCCACACAAAACAGUUCCUCAGCAAGUUGCUCUCCUUGAUUCUCUAAGGACACUUACUGUCAAUCGAACUCUGAUCUUGGGUCCUGGGAAUCAUGACCAAGAGUUCUUCAGCUGCCUGGCUCAUUGCUUGAUGAAUCUGCAUGCUGGGAGCAACGUAGAUGGGUUUGGCCUGGAAGCAGAAGCCAGGAUGACUACUUGGCAUGUCAUGAUCCCUUCUGAUGUCGAGCCAGAUGGAGUCUACAAUCAAGAUGUUAGUGAAGGUCGCCAGCUUCUUUUAAAAGCUGUAAAUCGUGUGUGGACAGAACUGUUCUACAGCAAGAAACAGGCUUUGGAGGAGGUAUUCAAAGUAUCUCUCCCCGUUAAUGAAAGGGGCCAUGUGGAUAUUGCCAUUGCAAAGCCCCUUGUGGAAGAAGCCAGUUUAAAAUGUUGGCAAAAUCACUUGGCUCAUGAAAAGAAAAGCAUCAGUAGAGGAGAAGCAUUGGCUCCGACUACCCAGUCCAAGCUCUCCCGGGUCAGCAGUGGAUUCGGUCUUUCCAAGCUAACAGGAUCGAGAAGAAACCGGAAAGAAAGCGGUCUUAACAAACAUAAUCUAUCCACGCAGGAGAUCUCUCAGUGGAUGUUUACUCACAUAGCAGUGGUUCGAGACUUGGUAGAUAUGCAGUAUAAAGAAUACCAAGAGCGUCAGCAGAAUGCAUUGAAGUAUGUGACGGAAGAGUGGUCUCAGAUUGAAUAUGAAUUGUUACGGGAGAGAGGACUGUGGGGCCCUCCUAUUGGCUCUCACCUGGACAAGUGGAUGCUGGAGAUGACAGAAGGUCCCUGUCGAAUGAGGAAGAAGAUGGUGCGAAAUGACAUGUUUUAUAUUCAGUAUCCUUACAUGCCGGAUACUGAACAUGAGACAAAUAUGCUGUCUGACUUCUCAAGUAAGCCUCCUGAGACAUCUGACGAUACCAUUCCUCAAAAGAAACCUGCACGCUACCGAAGAGCUAUAAGCUAUGACAGCAAAGAAUACUACAUGCGUCUGGCUUCUGGAAACCCUGCUGUCUUUCAAGACACUGUCGAAGAGAGCUCUGAAGGAGAAACUGCUCAGCAGGAGCCAGAACAUGGGGAAGAUACUAUUGCAAAAGUUAAAGGCCUUGUUAAACCGCCACUGAAGAGAUCUCGUUCAGCACCUGAUGGCGGUGAUGAGGAGAAUCAGGAGCAGCUGCAAGAUCAAAUAGCUGAGAGCAGCUCUAUAGAUGAAGAGGAGAAAACCGAUAACACAACUUUGCUUCGACUGCUCGAAGAAGGGGAGAAGAUUCAACACAUGUACCGCUGUGCUCGGGUUCAAGGCCUAGACACCAGUGAGGGGCUCCUCCUCUUUGGCAAAGAGCACUUUUAUGUGAUUGAUGGCUAUACCAUGACCGCCACCAGAGAAAUACGGGACAUUGAAACCCUGCCUCUAAAUAUGCAUGAGCCAAUUAUACCCAGAGGAGCCCGACAGGGUCCUAGUCAACUCAAAAGGACAUGCAGUAUUUUUGCAUACGAGGAUAUUAAGGAAGUGCACAAAAGAAGAUACCUGUUACAGCCAAUUGCUGUUGAAGUUUUCUCUGGAGAUGGACGCAACUACCUUCUUGCUUUUCAGAAAGGAGUGAGGAAUAAAGUCUACCAAAGGUUUCUGGCUGUCGUUCCAUCUUUAACUGACAGUUCAGAGUCUGUGUCUGGACAGCGACCCAACACCAGUGUGGAACAAGGGUCUGGCUUGCUGAGCACCCUAGUGGGGGAGAAAUCUGUAACACAAAGGUGGGAGAGAGGUGAAAUCAGUAAUUUCCAGUAUCUGAUGCACUUAAACACUUUGGCUGGCCGAUCCUACAAUGACCUCAUGCAGUAUCCUGUUUUCCCAUGGAUCCUUGCAGACUACGAUUCAGAGGAAUUGGAUCUUACCAACCCAAAGACAUUUAGAAACUUGGCUAAACCGAUGGGAGCCCAGACUGACGAGAGGUUAGCUCAGUAUAAGAAGCGCUACAAAGAUUGGGAAGACCCUAAUGGUGAAACUCCAGCUUAUCAUUACGGCACCCAUUAUUCAUCAGCAAUGAUAGUAGCCUCAUAUCUUGUGCGAAUGGAACCCUUUACACAGAUAUUCUUAAGGCUACAGGGAGGCCACUUUGACUUGGCUGACAGAAUGUUCCACAGUGUGCGUGAAGCCUGGUACUCUGCAUCUAAGCACAACAUGGCAGAUGUCAAGGAGCUUAUCCCGGAAUUCUUCUACCUCCCAGAGUUGCUACUCAAUUCCAACAACUUUGAUCUAGGUUGCAAGCAGAAUGGCACUAAACUUGGGGAUGUAAUACUUCCCCCAUGGGCUAAAGGGGAUCCCCGCGAAUUCAUCAGAGUGCACCGGGAGGCUUUGGAAUGCGAUUUUGUGAGUUCUCACCUGCACGAGUGGAUAGACUUGAUAUUUGGCUACAAACAGCAAGGGCCGCCUGCAGUAGAAGCUGUAAAUGUUUUCCACCAUCUCUUCUAUGAGGGCCAAGUGGACAUAUACAACAUAAAUGAUCCAUUAAAAGAAACAGCUACUAUAGGAUUCAUUAACAACUUUGGACAGAUACCGAAACAGUUGUUUAAGAAACCUCACCCUCCAAAACGAGUGAGAAGCCGAAUUAAUGGAGAAAUAAGUGGGGUUUCUAUCCCACCAGGUAUUGCCAGUGGCAAGAUUUUUUUCCAUCAUUUAGACAACCUGAGGCCUUCUCUUGCACCAGUAAAAGAGCUCAAGGAGCGUGUAGGACAGAUCGUGUACACGGACAAAGGAAUUUUAGCAGUGGAGCAGAAUAAAGUGCUAAUUCCGCCAGCCUGGAAUAAAACCUUUGCUUGGGGUUAUGCAGAUCUCAGCUGCAGGCUGGGAACCUAUGAGUCAGACAAGGCCGUGAUAGUUUAUGAAUGCCUAUCUGAAUGGGGACAGGUUCUCAGUGCCAUCUGUCCAAAUCCCAAGCUGGUCAUCACCGGAGGAACCAGCACAGUUGUUUGUGUAUGGGAGAUGGGCACCUCCAAGGAAAAAGCCAGAACACUCACUCUUAAGCAGGCGCUGCUCGGCCACACCGAGGCAGUCACGUGUUUGACAGCCUCUCUGGCCUAUCACAUCAUUGUGAGUGGGUCUCGAGACCGCACCUGCAUCAUCUGGGAUUUGAACAAGCUCUCCUUUUUAACACAGCUUCGUGGCCACCGGGCCCCCGUUUCAGCCCUCUGCAUCAACGAACUGACGGGAGACAUUGUGUCCUGUGCUGGCACUUACAUCCACGUGUGGAGCAUUAAUGGGAACCCCAUAGUGAGCGUGAACACUUUCACCGGGCGCAGUCAGCAAAUCCUGUGCUGUUGCAUGUCAGAAAUGAACGAAUGGGAUACCCAGAACGUGAUUGUGACGGGGCAUUCAGACGGAGUGGUCCGAUUCUGGCGAAUGGAGUUUCUGCAGGUCCCGGAAACUCCAGCUCCUGAACCUGUGGAGGCGCUCGAGAUGCAGGAAGAGUGUCCGGAAACCCAAAUAGGAGAGGAAGCCCCGGAUGAGGACAGCAGCGAUUCGGAAGCAGAAGAGGGCCUCAGCCAGGACGCGAAGCUGCAGGAGAGCCGGAGCCAGCCGGGCAGCGCCAGCCACAGGCCUCGCUCGUCUUCAGCCCGAGCUGCAGCUGCGUGGUCUGCAGACAGCAGCUCUGACGACUCAAGACGCUGGUCCGACCAGCUCAGCUUGGAUGAGAAGGAUGGCUUCAUCUUCGUGAACUACUCCGAGGGGCAAGCGAAAGUCCACCCCCAGGUUCAAGCUAACCACCCCAACCCUAAUCCAGGGGAACUACGGCAUUACAGCAAGCUCAAGCCAGGCUACAGGUGGGAGCGGCAGCUAGUGUUCAGGAGCAAACUAACUAUGCACACGGCCUUUGAUCGCAAGGACAACGCACAUCCUGCAGACAUCACGGCACUGGGCAUCUCCAAGGAUCACAGCAGGAUUCUCGUAGGCGACAGCAGAGGCAGAGUGUUCAGCUGGUCAGUGAGUGACCAGCCCGGCCGCUCUGCAGGACACUGGGUGAAAGAUGAGGGAGGAGACAGUUGUUCCAGCUGCUCUGUCCGUUUCUCUCUUAAUGAAAAGGCGUCACAUUGCAGAAACUGUGGGCAGCUCUUCUGUCAGAAGUGCAGCCGCUUCCAGUCGGAAAUCAAGCGUUUGAAAAUCUCCUCCCCGGUGCGGGUUUGCCAGAACUGUUACUACAACCUUCAGCACGAGCGAGGCCCUGAGGAGGGAUCCUGGAAUUAACAAGGCGGACGCAAACCACGCAAACGCCAGCCUGAGCACCGCAGGGCCCACAGGAACUCGGUAAAUUUAAUUCAUUGCAGGAACGAACACGCAGCACAUCCAGAAAGGAUUGCAACGCUAGCCCUGAACACUUCAUCUUUGUACUGCGCAGCAAAGCACUUGCGAGCAAAAGGGAUCAUCCAUGUACAUUUUCAGAGAAGGGGCUGAAAACGUUCAUACAGCCAGCGAGUGUCAGGAGGAGAGACAAGCAGUUGCCGCAACUGCAGCAAGAACCCACAAGACCCAGCCUUCCCUACUAAUGUGGCUGGGAGGAAAACCCAUCAUUAACCACCCCUUGUUCUGUCUUUGGUUUUGUAGAGCUAGUCACCUUAUUUGUGUUGCGGGAAGGAGAAGGCUUUUUAGAAGAUAGUUGUAAAUCUGCCUUCUUCGCAAGAAAACUGUGGAUAUUGUAAAUAGAUAUAAUGGCCUUUUUAUUGAAAUAUGAACUUAACUGCCUGUUACAUGGGACAUCAGACCAACCACUAUACCUUGUGUCUCAUUUUUAGCUCAUCCAUCUACUUAAAUAUGAAUGUGUUUUUUUAAAAAACAAAAAAA